UUUUUUUUUAUUAUUAUCUUUUUUUUUUCUAUUUGCACACAAGUUUAUUAUUAUUAUUAUUAUCAAUAUGGUGGCUAUAGAAGUACCUUCAACGGCAAACAAACAACAAAAGGAAAAGAAAACGACAUUCAAGAAAACCAAUGUAUCCAAAAGCAAGGCGUACAACAAGAUCAAAAAACAGGAUAACCAAACUAGAACUACAGGCAUGGCCUUGUUACAAUCCUUGACAGCCAAGAAAGCAGCACAAGACGCUUUAAUAAAGGGAGCCAAGGCAGCGGUUCAUGUCUCUUUUGACGAUGAUGGUGAAGUGGAAGAAACAAACGAUAACAAACGAAAAUCACAAGAUGACGACGACAAUGACGAGAAAAAGAACAAUGGCAAGAAACCAAAGCAGAUCAAAGAAAAAAAGAAAAAGGGGACUCUUCAUCUUCAAGGACCAUCAGAUAAGAAACGUCAAGAAUCUUUAACUUACUUGAAAACAUUUGUAAAUGAUCGAUCUCAGUGGAAGUUCUCCAAAAUUCAACAAUCAUGGCUUUUACAACAUAUCUAUGACUCUGAAGCGAUACCAAAUGAAGAUUUUGAUCGACUUGUUUUAUAUCUAAAAGACUUGAUGGGAAUGAGUCGAGAGAAAACAUUGAAAGAAGCACAAGAUAUUUGUCAAGACACCAAAGCAUCAACACAGCCAGUAACAUCUACUACAGCAACUUAUCCUGGAUAUGACGACGAUGAUGAUUUCGAUGCGGAAAAGUUAUUGGCGUCAGCAUCAUAUGCAGCACCUGUGACAGAAGAGGUGAAUCAACCACAACAAACUGACUCUACGAAUUUGGUUGACAAUGUGAAAUUGGAACGGGCCAAGAUUGUAUUACGGACUUUAAUGUAGAUAUUCACUUUGUAUUUACCCAUAUAUUAUUAUAUACAUAUAAAAAACCUUCCUUUUCAUCAUUU